AUGGUUUUCUCGACAUCUCUCUCGAAAUCUCAGCACUUUGACCACGAUGCGUCGUGGGCAUCUUUCCUCGAGCCGUCCGCGUUUGCCGAAGAGUUUGACACGGACCCCUUCGCGAGCGCAUCCUCACCCGGCGCCUCGAGUUCGUCCUCGCUGGCGUCGGCCUACGAUUACUCUCCCAUGCUCCCAAGCCUUCUGUUAUCAUCGGCGUCCUCGAUCGAUUCACCCGCUUCUUCCGAUGCGUCCGAGCCCACCACACCUCCUGCGUUGGCGAGCAAUCUCGCACUCGAGGUCUGUCUUGUGACCUACGAUCCCUCGAGCUUCGGCGGUCGUUCGGCAACUUGGUCAUCUUCACCGGCCCAAGCUCUCGCUCUCGAAGCAGCCGAAAUGCUCGAUGCAACUUUAACCAAGAACCAAAAGCCGCGAAUGGUCACCCCCGUAGUGGUUCCGUCGCCACUCACGUCCCGUCGCGUCGAGUCGGGACCGCUUUUCAGCUACAGCUCUCUCGAACACGAAGCGCGCCAACUCGCAAGUCGCCUCUUCACUUCAUCGACCUAUUCAGGUGGCAAGGUCCCCGUCGCCUCUUCGUCACGAUUACACCUCUCUCGUGCGCACUACCUCGAGAAGAAGCGCAAAUGUGUCAGCUUUUCGCCUUGCUCCGGAACGGCCGUCGCCGCCGAGAUCGCUGCGGCGCCGAUGCCCCGUCUAAAGUCGAGGAAAGGUGGCCGACCGAGUUCAGAGAUGUCGCAAUGGUUACAAGCUCUACAUGACGCCGAGGUGCGAGCAAGUUCAGCCAUCAGCAAGCGCAAAUCACCGACACCGACUUCGUUGAAGCUGCCGUCAUUCUGA